AUGCCUCGGAAAACUGAGGAAGUCAAGGACUUUCCGCUCACAGCACGGCGGAAGGAUGCUAAAUCUGUCAAGCUCAAGAAGAACAAGGAUAAUGUGAAGUUCAAGGUUCGCUGCAGCAGGUACCUUUACACCCUGGUCAUCACAGACAAGGAGAAGGCUGAGAAGCUGAAACAGUCCCUGCCCCCUGGUUUGGCAGUGAAGGAGCUCAAAUGAACCAGACCUCUCUGUUUUGACCAUUAAAAUCCCUGAAAGGU